GCGCGCGGCAUGGUCGCGGUCGUACGUUGUUUGUUCCGCGUCGGUUCGCGCGACGUCGUCUCGACCGGUCGUUGAGUCUCCGAAACCGAUUAAAAGUGGAUAUUCAGCAAUAUCGGGAAUAUCUCGCGAUUAUUUGCUCGCUAUACGUAACACUACAGUAAUACUCUACGCCAAGCUAUUAAUAAUAAUAACGACAUUUGUUGUUGUUGUCACCUAUUAGACGAGACCCUCGAGUGCGUUCCAAUCGGUUUUCGCGCGACGAUGUUUCGCAGCAGGUGGACAGCGGCAAUGCUGUUGGUGGCUGCAGUCUUCCUGUCGUCCGACAGUAAAUUGUGGACUCCGGUUACGGGGUCCAACACGUUCAUAGACGAAAAUACAAAUUUAGCCGAAGACUUUUUCCCGGACGAAGGAGAACCGGCGCCAAACAUCGAAGAAUACAGUAGCAUUACCAAUUACGACGACUAUGACACGGACACAAAUUCUUCCACUGCUUACGAAACUGACAACUCCGAUGUACUUUUGCCGAAAGGGAACAAAUCGAGCGUCUUGCAUUUCGUCCGCCAACUGAACAACAUCACGAGGGACUCGGGCAAAUCGGUUAAGCUCAACUGUGAGGUGACCGGUGAGCCGCCUCCGCUAAGGAUCCAAUGGUACAUGAACGAGGUGCCGGUCGGAGGUCCAGACGGCGCUGGGGGAAGUUUCGGUGGUGACGGCGGAAACAGCGAGAAAAAGUCCAAGCCCCGACUGACGGUCAAGCGGUUUCAGUCCAGGCACAAGAAUGGUCUCGGGUCUAGGUUGCGAAUCAACAAGCUAGAGGUGCACGACAAAGGAUUUUUCACGUGCAAGGCUACAAAUGGCAUUGAGGAAAUACAGUCCACCGCAAUACUCAUCGUCAAAGUCAACCGUUUCAGCCACGAUGAAUCCAGUAUAGACAUACCUCAUUUCGGAUUUUCAAACCAGUAUCCGGUAGUUCUUGAAGGGGAAACCAAAAUCAAUUCACACCUUGGAAUCAAUGAACAGCCAAGCCCACUCGAAACUAUUCCAGAGCUCAGUCAAGUUUUAACUCACCCAAUAUGUCAAAUGUACCAAGGAUCACAUUGUUCAAAAUACCUUCAAGGUAAAAAUGUUUAUAUUCCAGCCAAUUCUUCACAGGCACUUAUUGAAGGAAACCUAAGCUCAGCUUUUAAAGUAAUUUCACGAUCUACUGAUAUGACUCCUGGUUGUGCAAAAUAUGCUCUUCCUUCCAUUUGUCAUACUGCAUAUCCGUUAUGUAGAAAGGAUCGGACCAUACCUAAGCCAUUGCUUGUGUGCCAAGAGGACUGUGAACUAUUGGAAAACGACAUUUGUAGUCAAGAGCAUGCAAUCGCCAAAAAACAUCAUUUGCUUGGGCGUUUUGUUAAUUUACCUAACUGUUCUUCUUUACCAAAAACUGAUUGUUUUGAACUUGGUAUUGAAAAACCAGAAGUUAACGAAGAUGAAAAGUGUUAUUGGGGACUAGGAGUAUCAUAUCGUGGCACAAUAUCAUCAUAUCAAAAUCUAUCGUGUGUCCGUUGGAGUCAGCAAUUAAUUGUAAAAACAUCUGAUUAUAAGGAACUACAGGGAGGUCAUCGUUUCUGCCGAAAUCCAGGAUCUGAAGAAAGUGAACCUUGGUGUGUUGUUGAAAUGCCAGACACAGGGCAAAUGAAAAAAGUGAUAUGUGAUGUACCACAUUGCAUGAGAACUCUUCAAUUACCAAUUUUCAUCGUAAGCACAGUCAGUAUUUCUUUAUUUGUUGUACUGGUGAUAAUGGUAAUUUGCUGUAUUCGAAGAAAAAGUAAGCGACGGAAUUCAGCAAUACGCCGUAGACUGCCACCUUACACAAAUCAAAAACAAGACAUUGUAAAAGGUAAGACAAAUGGUCUAGAAUUAUCAUCGCUAAUACCAGGCUCGAGUGCUUCAAGUCAAAAAUCUGAUAAGUACUGUAAAGUUAGACAAUAUGCUUUGGGUGAAAUUACAUUUUUACAAGAAAUUGGUGAAGGUGCUUUUGGAAAAGUUUUCAAAGGUCAAGUGGCUAACGAUAUGGGUACCAUAAUUAUGGUAGCCAUUAAGACAUUAAAAGAAGGUGCAAGCGCUAAGACUGCAGCAGACUUUAAACGUGAAACUGAUUUAAUGGGAGAACUACGACAUCCAAAUGUGGUUUGCUUGGUAGGCAUGUGUUCACGUCCAGCAUGUUUAUUGUUUGAAUAUAUGGUUGGUGGUGACUUACAUGAAUUCCUUAUGGCCCGUUCUCCACAUUCACCUAACUCCCCAAUAGCACCACCACUUAACCAAGCAGACUUCAUGUAUAUUGCUACCCAGAUAGCUUCAGGAAUGGAAUACUUAUGUGGCCAUCAUUAUGUGCACAGAGAUUUAGCUGCUAGAAAUUGUUUAGUCGCUGAAAAUCUUACAGUGAAAAUAUCAGAUUUUGGUCUUUCAAGGGACAUUUAUUCGUCUGAUUAUUACAGAGUACAAUCAAAAUCGUUAUUACCUGUUCGAUGGAUGCCACCUGAAUCAAUUCUGUAUGGUAAAUUUACAACCGAAUCUGAUGUUUGGAGUUUUGGUGUAGUAUUAUGGGAAGUUUACAGCUAUGGUUUACAACCAUAUUAUGGAUAUAGCAAUCAGGAAGUAAUUGAAAUGAUUCGUUCACGUCAACUACUUCCGUGUCCUCAAGAAUGUCCAUCAAGAAUGUACUCGCUUAUGAUGGAGUGUUGGCACGAUGCACCUGUACGACGACCUAAUUUCACAGAAAUCCACUCUCGACUCAGGCAAUGGGCAGCCAUGUCUGUAUCGGCAGCACCCACCAUGACAUACUCAAUGGUGCGCCCUGGAAGUCAAUCUGAUCGCACAGGUUCGUCAAAUGUGUCAUCCACUUGUAGGCCAGUCAACAUAUGAGUCACUAAAGUCUAUUCUCAUGUAGAAAUCUCCUUACAUAAAUAUCAAAUAUUACAACAUAUAGUUGACUAUCUGAUUGCAUUUCUCUGAUCAAUUACAACAUAAUAUAUAAAUGUAAAUUUUCAUAAAAUCAUAAUUCGACAAUUGAUGUGUUGUACAAAUAUUAAAAUAAUAUUUGCUUUAUGCUUAAUCUAGUUGUUAAAUUACAGAAUUUUGUAUUCAUAAAAGUUAAUUUCAUCUAAAGGCAACAAAUUUAGUUAGUGUUAAUAAUUAUUUAUUCAACAUAUAUUGCUAUUUAUAAAUAACGUGUUUUCUUUUUUCUUAUAAAAAUUUCAUUUAAUUUUUAAUUAAUUUAAAUGUGAUUAAUAUUAGAGAAGAAAUUUGCUUUAUGAAUUACACUUAACCAUAAACACUUUUUUUGUAAACAUUCAAGUAAUUAUUAUAAUUUAUAAGUUAAUGAAAAAUUUAAUUCUUUUACAAAAAUAUGGUGUAAAAAAUUAAUUGGCAUGUACUAGGUGAUUAUUAACAAUUAAACACUUAAACAUUAACAUUGUCAUUUAUCAUUCUAUGAGCAAUAUUCAUGACACUGUUUAUGGAUGCGCAAACAACAAUCGUACUUCAAUAAUUCAAACUUCAAACACCAAACACCAAUUUCAUUAUGACAAAUAGAUUGCUUCAAAUUAUUUAUAAGACAUUGAAUUAAAAAUUGCAUUUAAAUAUCGAAAUUCCACUGUAUUAACUAUGGCAAUCGCUUACGUUACAGGUGUUGCUCGUGUUCAAUAUUAAAACAAUUAUUUGAUCAUAUUCUUCUGUAACAUCACAAGAAUUCAUAAUUAACCGUCUUCCACAAGCCAAGUUUUAUUCGUGCCAUACAUUUAUUGUUUGUUCAAACUAAUUUUUCUUGUGUAUACUCCAUCUGCCGUGUUCAACAAAUUCAUUCAUGUCUGGGAAUAGGAAACGUUUUGCUUUUAAAUCACGGGUGAAAACACCAGUGAACCAUUGAAUUCUUAUUAACUGUAAUAUGGUUGUGUUAAUUUUGUUAGAGUUGUGACGUUGUUGAAAUAGUAAUUUUUCUUGUACC